AUGGCACAACAAAACAAACCCUCUAAAUCAGCUUUAAUACAUAAGAAAAGAAAAUGUGAUGAUUCAGAGCCCUGUCGGGAAGAUGACAGUUGGCCCAGAUUUAUUGUAAUAAAAGGAACAGAAGAAAAACCAAUUUCAAAAAUAUCGCCCUUUGUAAUUCACAAACAAAUUCAAAGCGUUGCUGGUACUGUUAAAAAAGUUUCAAAACUGAGAUCUGGCAAUUUGUUGGUUGAAUGUUCCAACAAAAGUCAAUCAACAAAUUUACUUACAAUGUCUACAAUAUCAAACUUUCCUGUUUCUGCCUCUCCUCAUAACAGUUUGAACAGCUGUAAGGGGAUCAUUCGAGACAGAAGUCAAUACCUUGAUGACCUUACCGUGGAAGAAAUCGGUGAGGAACUUUCAAGCCAAGGUGUAACUAAUGUUAUUAGAUUUCAAAUUAAAAAGAAUGGAAAUAUAAUCAAAUUAAAUACUUAUCUUUUGACCUUUAGAACUCCAACUCCUCCUCCAUCUAUUACUUUAGGUUGCUUCGGAAUCAGAGUUGACAUGUUUAUCCCAAACCCAAUUCGAUGCUUUACUUGUCAAAAGUUUGGUCAUGGAAGCAAACAAUGUCGUGGUAAGCAGAGAUGCUUCAAGUGUUCUGACGAAGGACACGAGGGAACAAACUGUCACUCUGAAUCUUCUAAAUGUGUAAACUGUGGUGAAUCCCAUUUUUCAUCGUCUAGGGACUGCCCUGUUUACCUUAAAGAAAAAAAUAUUAUUAAAAUUAAAACAGAAAGAAACAUUAGUUACCCAGAAGCUAAACAGAUAGCUUCUGUUUCGAAUGAUCUCCUUGUUUCAAACAGACCAUCCGGUGAAUCUGUCUGGGAUCUUCCCAGUGACAUAGAUGAUUCUUCCACCUCCAAAAGUCUUCCUUUAUCUGCAUCCAAGAAGGUAUCUUCUUCGUCCAGUACACAGUCUACCAGAGCCCCAUCUCCUCUUCGUUCUCAAGAAAAGAAGGAUGUCCAAAAGAAGCCAGGAAAUACAUCCUCUCAGAAGUCUUCUGAUUCGAGGUCGCGGGGUAGGGGUCGAGGCGGAGUAACACCAGCUGCGCGUAGUCCUGGAGAUCGACGACUCUCCUCGCACAACAGAUUUUCAACACUUAUCAUCGAAACUGAAAUGGAAACUGAAAGUGUUCCGCCACCCGAAAGAUCACGAUCUCAGGGUGAGCGAAAUAAGAAUGCUGGCAAACUCGACAGCAUUCGCCCUUCUUUUAUUAAAUAA